AUGAGUCCCUAUUUGCAAAUACAUCCGGUGGUGAUUGAUACUGAUGCAGAUGGUGAAGGACCCGAUAAUAAUGGUCAUUCUGAUAAUGAGGGUGAAGAUUUUAGUGACCCCGAUUUUGAUGAGCUUUUGGAUGAUAUUGACGAUGAAGGCGCGGACGAGGGUGAAAAUGAGUUAGAUGAGCAAGUGAGCAAGCUUGUGCUCAUGGUUAGUCGUUUGGAGUCCCAAGUACCACCUCCGUUUCCUGGAAGACUUGUCCAAUUCAAAAAGGAACGAGAAGAGAACGAGACCCUUAACACUUUUCGAAAGGUAGAAAUCAAUAUACCUCUUCUUGAUGGAAUUAAGCAGAUUCCACGAUAUGCAAAAUUCUUAAAAGAAUUAUGCACGAGUAAGAGGAAGCUCCUGGGUAAUGAAAAGGUAAGUGUUGGAGAAAAUGUCUCUGCCGUUCCACAAAGGAAAAUACCACUCAAAUGUAAGAACCAAUGUCCUUUGAAGGAAACAUGUGUAAUUAUUCAGCUUGCAGAUAGAUUUAUAGUGCAUCCGGAGGGAGUGCUGAAACACAUUCUUAUUAAGGUAAACGAACUAAUAUUUCUUACAGACUUUUACAUUAUCGACAUGGAGGAUGACAACUCAGCCAAUUCAUCUAACAUACUUCUUGGGAGGCCAUUCUUGAGUGCCGUACAAAUGAAGAUUGAUGUACGAAGUGGGAUACUCAAUAUGGAGUUUAAUGGGGAAGUGGUGAAAUUUAACGUUUAUGAGGCCAUGAACCGCCCUAGCAUGAUUUCUAAUGAUCCAAAGUUGGAACUCAAACCACUUCUGGACCAUUUGAAGUACGCUUUUCUCAGCGAAAGAAAUACCUUACCAGUAAUAAACUUGAGUAAACUCUCAAAGGUAGAAGAGGAAAACUUGGUACGAGUUCUUAGAGAUUAUAAAGAGAUUCCAAUAGCACCAGAGGAUCAAGAGAAGACGACGUUUACGUGUCUAUUCAGUACGUUUGCUUACAGAUGGAUGUCAUUCAGACUUUGCAACGCAUCAGCCACAUUUCAAAGGUGGAUGGCGUAUCAUACAGCUUAUAAAGGACCCAUAGGCAUGUCUCCUUAUCGACUAAUUUUUGGUGAACCGUGUCAUCUUCCUGUAGAACUAGAACAUAAAGCGUUUUGGGAGUUAAGCAAUGCAACAUGGAGCUGGAAGCUACAGGUAAGCUCCGAACCAAGUGGUUAG